CCCAAAUUUCUGGAUGCUUUGAUGGUUUCACAUAUGCAACACACUAUAACCCAUCAUUCACUUAAUUCUGUUGACAUAGACAGCCUCUUUUUUUGCUGUGGGUUUCAAUAGGGUGGUGUUAUGGUUACCCACCUGCAUAGUGCAUACUUAUAUUUCUGCCUGAAUGCUCAUAUUGUCAUACUGUUUUUUUGAGUGACUCAUGCAACAUUGAAUGUCCCUAUUGAUUUUCACUCUAUUCAAAUAAGCAGCCUCAUUAGUUAUGUACACAUACCUUUAUACACAAAGUUAGGCAUGUAUUUAUACAUACAUAUACACAAAGGACAAAAUAAAUGCACAAAUAAAACGGGAGAUUCCAAAGUGCGCAUAGUAUGAAAAAUCUAUGAAGGACUGAAUAAAUCACUAAGUCCAUGUCGGUGAAAAGUGGAAAAGAGGUGUAAAUUAAGAAUAGGUGGGUGUGUCCAAACUCUAGACAGUAAAAACGGUGGUAGUCACUGAAAAGCGAAUAGAAGAUCAAACGUAGGAGUGCAAGAAGGAGGAGGGGGGGGGGUUAAGAUGAGCCGUCACAUCCAAAACAAGGAAAUCCUCAUGCGAGUGACGUUAAUGGCGAUGACUCCAGCACCCUCGCAUUGCUCCUGCUAACAUCAACCAGAUUGUUAAUUCUUCUCACACUUGACCUGUGCAACCUGUGUAGCCAUGUCAUAUCGAGUGUUGCUACGGCAACAGCUGAUGCGGGAGAAGGCUCAGGAGCAGGAGAGGAGGGAGGCGCAGCAACAGGCAUCUCUCUCCCAGCUCCGGCCGACAGACACCACACCUUCCAUCUCGGUCACGGUCCCACCCAUGGCUGCCUGCCCUCCACCUGCUCAAGUACCAGUGGAAGUGCUGAAGGUGCAAACUCACCUUGAAAACCCAACUAAAUACCACAUCCGGCAGGCUCAGAGGCAGCAAGUGAAACAGUACUUGUCCACCACCCUGGGCAACAAAGUUGCCACACAAACACUUGGCGUCUCCCCUGUUCCACAGUCAAGCUCUGCCCCUGAGUUUGGACCCUCUGCAAGCAGUGCCCCCAACAGUCCAAUGGCACAUCUUAACCUCGGCUCCAACAAAGAAGAGAUGGAUGAUGUAAUCGAUGACAUCAUUAGCCUAGAGUCCAGCUUCAAUGAUGAUAUCAUGUCACUUAUAGACUCAGGACUGCAACUCCCCAACACGUUACCAGGCAACCUUCUGGAUAUCUACAGCAGUCCUGGUAUGGCGACCACCAGCAUCACAAUUAGCAAUUCCUGUCCAGCAGAUCUGCCUAACAUCAAAAGGGAAAUUACUGACACGGAUACCAGGGCCUUCAUGAAGGAAAGACAGAAGAAAGAAAAUCAUAAUCUCAUUGAAAGGAGAAGAAGAUUUAAUAUAAAUGACAGAAUACAAGAGUUAGGGGCUCUUAUACCCAAGUCCAGCGAUCCGGAGAUGCGCUGGAACAAGGGAACCAUUUUGAAGGCUUCUGUUGAUUAUAUAAGAAAGCUUCAAAAAGAGCAACAGAGAGCCAAAGAGAUUGAGAUGAGGCAGAAGAAGCUUGAGCAAGCCAACAAGACCUUGCUGCUUCAUAUACAGCAAUUGGAGAUGCAAGCCGGAGUCCAUGGUCUUCCCACUCCUUUGUCAAGCUCAGACGUUUCGUUUCUUCAGCAGCAGCUACCCCAAGCAAACCAGUCUUUGCAGCCCAGCCUUGGAGAAAGCCAAGCUCCUACCCAGCUCACUAUGGAUGGGGCCAUGGCACAGACUUCCGCUUCUCCCUUCCUCAUAGUACCCCCUUCAGGUUCUCUGGCUGUUGCAGAUGUAAGCGGUCCUCUUGAUUUGGGUACGUUUAGCUUUGCAGAGCUAGAUGAACCAUUGGCUUCUGUUCUUUACAAUGAUGUGGGUCUCAAUGACAUUCUAAUGGAGGAAGGCGGCACAUUGCCCACCAUCAGGUCCUCAGAUCCAUUUUUCUCCCGAAUGUCCCCUGGUGCCUCAAAGCCUAGCAGCCGCAGGAGUAGCAUAAACAUGGAGGACGACUUGUAACCGAACUGACCACUAUUUGUGUGUGUGUGUGUGUGUGUGUAAGUGCCCUUUCAGGAGUAUCCCCUGAUCCAGCUACCUUUUCCAAAGACAAAGUGAUUCUGGAGCCAGUACUCGAUCUAGAACUAUUCACUAAAGAUUAAAAUUGGUUCCACACCUACCCCUUAAACCUACUGGUCUUGAAAGAUGUGUUUAAGUCUGAAAUUAUUUUGGGUAUAAAUUAAUGUUAUUUUAAUUCCCCCCUCGCCAUUAUAACAUUGAAUGUUUUUUCAGGUAGUCAAUAAUUGCAAUAAUAUACAUUUUGGUUUAUUUGAAUGUUUUUUAACCUUUUUUAGAAAAAAUGUAGGAAGAUUAAGCUUUUUAUAGCUUAAAUGUGUAGGCAUAGCAGUGAUGCCCUAAGGGUAGUUCAUGUUAUGCUAUUAUUGUGUUAGGCUUUGCAUUCAGAGCAUGCAAGUGCAUACACACAUAUACAGUAUAUAGGGAUCUUAAUAGCAUGGACUUGUGGAGUAAUUAUUCACAUGAUGAAAAUGUUCAAGCAAAAUUACAACAACACUCCUGGUUUCAUAUUUACUACUUUUGAAAUUCAUAUAGCGGUUUAUUCAGUUUACAUCAUUACAUCAUCAAUUCAUUUAAUCUUUGAUGUCAAUGUUACUUCGUAAAUUUGUGAUAGCACAGUUGCUGAUAUGUGUUUUUUGGCUUUGCAUAGGGAGAUAAGCCAUUUUAAUGCAAUACACAAAUAGCUUUCCAGGUGUUAUGUUUCAAAAGCUACCUCUGCCCAAAUUGCUUUUUAACCAGAUCUUAAUCUGCAUUUUGUUCAACUAAAUGCACACAUUUACCUGUUUUGUACCUAAAUGUAUGUGUUGUGCUCAUAUGCAAAUAAGGUUUAAAAUACUGCCGCUUAAAGCUAAACAUAGUUUCCUGUCUGAUCAAAUAGUGUGAUAACACUCCUAACUGUGCCUUUUGGAUUAAGAAACAAAUGUUUUCGUUUGGUUUAAAAAUAUAAAAAAGAAAAGUAUGCAAAUGACGCUCCAAAUGUCCUCCUGAGUUAUUAUCUGUCAAUUCUGCAGCAAUUCAGAUAAAUGUAUUGUGUUCAAAAGUAUACAUUUUAAAGAUUAAACAAACCACUGUUAAAGGUAUUUUAAAACUUCAAUAUUGUAACAAAUGCAAUUGCCAUAUUUCUGUCUAAGGCACACAAAGAUGGCUAUGUUUAAGUUAUUUAAUAUAAAUGUGAAAUCAGAGCAACGUUCUAAUUUUUGUCACAUUUUCUGACAGUCCGCAAGACUUUAGAUACUUACUAAAAUGCUUUGUGUAUCUAGGGCUUCUUUCAUGUAUUAAAACUAUUUUGCCAGCUCUCCUGCUGCCGCUGUGUUUUAUUCCCUUCUUUAAAUCAUUAAAUCUGUAUUGAAAGGGAAUGGGUUUUUUUUUUCAAGGCGCAUAAUUUAUUAUAAAGAGAACUAUCAUUUUAAUUAGAUUUUUUCUUCUGUGUGUGUUGGUGCUUUAAGUGUCUAAAAUAAACUGAUAAGAAAACAGA